CUCCGGCCGCUCCCGCGCGCCCAUGCGACCGGCGAGGCCAGGAGCCCCGGUGCCCGCGCUGGUCCUGCUGGCGCUCGUCCUGGCCUCGCGAGGGACGCAGGGGAGGCCCGGGGGCCUCAGGGGCGCGCACGUCGCGGGCGAGGAGCCGAAGCCGUCCCUCCCCGCGGCCUCUCGGAGUGCAGAAAUAUUCCCAAGAGAUUUGAACUUAAAAGACAAAUUCAUUAAGCAUUUCACAGGGCCAGUCACGUUUUCAGCUGAGUGCAGCAAACACUUCCACAGACUAUAUCACAACACCAGGGACUGCUCGACGCCAGCUUAUUACAAAAGAUGUGCUAGACUGUUAAAAAGACUAGCAGUGAGUCCUCUGUGCUCGCAGACGGAGAAGACCUAUGUGUGAGCAUUUCUUAAGAAUGUAAAUCCAAUUUGAAAGAAAAAAAAAUCUGGGAUCAUACUAAACAUAAAAAGAGAUGAAACUUGUAAUUUUAUGGUGUAUUAAGAUGAGUGAAAUAAGAAACUUCUCAGAAAUAGCUGGUGAUCUGUGUCCAAGCGUAAGACAAGAUCUUCCCUGGUUUAUCUUCAUGUAUACAGAAAUUUGAAAAUGUUGAAUACAAAGUUCAAUUCAUAUAUUGCAAAUAGAAUAUUAAAAUUUAUGCUAUUAUACUUUAUUUUUGCUAUAUAUAUGUUAUUAUAUGGCUAACAUUCUAUAUAUGUAUGAAUUAUAUAUUUAAUUAUGUAAAUUAUGCCUGAUCAUGCCAAAGAGAAAUGAU